AUGGGUAAAUUCACACAAAGCGUACGUCGUAUUGUACAAGAUGUAAAGGACGAAGGCACGAUGAGCGGCCUUAGUCGUGAGGAAGUAAUUGAAAUCAAUGAAAGACUGAUACUGUUUCGUGUACGUCUUGAGGCAAGUUAUGAAACAGCAAAGCAGGCACUUAAUGCUCUUAUAACAAAAUAUAGUGACUCGAAGAGUCAAAGGAACAUCUUUCAUCGUUAUCCAAUGCUUAAAGUAAUGAUAAAGGAAGUCAUAAAACUCGAAACACAAUAUUGGACACUUGUAGAAAUCCCAAAACAAGAGAAACAAGAAACCGUUCCAGCAUUUGUGAUGAGAGCUUGCUCCAUAAUGGAAAAGACACAAAAAUCUGAACAAAAAACACCACAAAAACUGACAGAGGAAGCGGCUGAGAAAAAGGAACGUUUAGAGCGCUUAGAUCCCAUGACAACAUCACAAAUAGAACAUGAGAAUACACAAAUGAUUAACGAUUUAUAUCGUUUACUGAAAAAAUAUCAAGGCUUACGGAAUUUAAUCAGGGAAUUAAAGGCGGAAUACAGCUCCUCAAAAAUGUACCCGAUGAUCCCACGUUAUCAGAUUCUGAAAGGCUUGAUUAAAGAUAUUUUACAUGAUCCGAGUUACAUGGAUGUCAGAUAUGAAGGCUCAGCUGAAGAAAAAAGAACUGAAACGGACUAAAUGAG